GUUAGUUUUAGUCAGAUGUAAAUUCUAGGGUGGACGCCGCUCUUCUAAAGCGUGCAAAGCCAGUUGUAUAAUGGACACUUUUAAAACCGCUUUGAGUUGCAGUGUAUGGGAAACGCUCUAACCUCCACGCAUCACGGAUCAGCUCGUCUGUUAACACAUCUUCACGCACAUUUUCACAGUUCACUAACUGAGAGGGGCUGCUCUGCCGAGUGGAAGCGUUUCGCGGCUUAUGUGCUCGCCCCGUGCAUCUCUUCCAGUCAGCUCAAACCCUGAAUAUUCAUGAUAGCGGCUCUAAACGUCAGGACGCAGCGGCGGCCCUUCCUCCCUGUCACAGAGCAAAGCGAAGUGGAGCGGCUGAGAGGAGAGGAGAGGAGAGGAGAGGUGAGGAGAGGAGAGGAGGGACAGAGAGCAGAGCCCGGCUGCAUUUCUCCCACCAACGCUGAGCGACGGCUGCGUUUAAGGACAAAUCUGCCCUCGACCCACCUUCAGGCUGCAGCGGCGACGAGGGGCUGCUGCGAUUAACUGACGGGAGGAGGCGAGGAGCGGAAAAGGGCAAGGGAGAGAUAGAGAAACACCGCCUCUUAUUUUUUUUUAAAGCCAGCUCAUAUUUAUUGGACGCACCUCGGGUUCAUAUUUGAAGAGCGGGAGGGAUCGGGUGACUACCACCGUCUUCAUAAAAAAAGAUGCAAAAGAAAGCCAGCGACGGGGAAUAAAUGCUUCGGCACAAGCGGCCAUAUCAGAGAGUUACCUGCAUGAUGGAAGAGAUACAUCGGGAUUAGCAGAGCUGGCGACUUCCCACGUUGCGGGGGAGAGAUGUUUUGCAACUGUCGUCCGCUGUUUGGAAGGGAUAUGCCUUCCCUGGCGUCAUUCUUCGUAUGCAACGCUUAGUUUGAGCAUCGUGCACGUAAAACUGUUCCUGCGGAAGCCCGUAAAUAAAAUUAAAUUAAAUUAAAACCCAGAAAAGAAACGUCGUACUCCGGCUGGAGCCGUGCAACCUUUCCCCCGGUCUUGAACUUCCAGCGAGAUGACUCCGAGCGCAGCCUCCUGAGCUGUCCGCGGUGCUGAAUGAGCCAGUCAGCACUAAAAACUCCACCACGCAUGGACAACCGCUGGGCUUGACCGAGUCAGCCAGACCAGAACUCUCUUUUUUCAUGGCUGUGGCACGCAAAAUCAAAACUUUGCUGACCGUCAACAUCCUGGUGUUUGUGGGGAUCAUCUUGUUCUCGGUGUACUGCAGGAUCCAGGACCGAUCCGAGGAGCUAAUCCAGCUGGGGCGCCUCUCUGACCAGAGGCUGAGAGCAAGGAAUGGAAAAGUUUCCAACUCGGUGGACAGGCAGUCUAUUCUUCAGCGGCUGGAGAGGCUGGAGGAUGUGGUCUACAACCAGUUAAAUGGUCUAGCAAAGCCAAUGGGGCUUGUGGAGGGACCCGGGGGCCUCGGCCAGGGGGGAGCCGCUGCCACUCUGGGGGAGGACAGCCGUGAUGCAGAGGGGAAGUACGAGGAGUACGGCUACAAUGCCCAACUCAGUGACCGCAUCUCCCUUGACAGGAGCAUCCCUGACUACAGACCUAAAAAGAGGCUUAUAAGUACGAUAUUGGCUCAUGGGAACAAGGUGGAGAAAUGCAAUAAAUGCAGGCAAGCUGGUGAGAUUAUGGAGUCAGAAAGGAACAAGACGGAAUUGGAGCUAAAAUUCAACUUGGACCAGUACGUGAACAAACGGUACCCAGGCCUGGUGAAGAUUGUGAGGAAUAACAAGCGGGAGGGUUUGAUCCGAGCCAGGAUCCAUGGCUGGAAUGCAGCCACGUCUCCUGUUGUCGGCUUCUUUGACGCUCAUGUUGAGUUCAACACUGGCUGGGCUGAACCCAUUCUGACCCGGAUGAAGGAGGAUCAUACACGCAUUAUUCUUCCUGCCAUAGACAACAUCAAGUACAACACAUUUGAAGUGCAGCAGUAUGCCAAUGCUGCCCACGGCUACAACUGGGGUUUGUGGUGUAUGUACAUCAUCCCUCCACAAGAGUGGCUGGACAAGGGUGAUGAGACAGCCCCUAUCAGGACUCCAGCUAUGAUUGGCUGCUCGUUUGUGGUCGAUCGGGAAUACUUUGGUGAGAUUGGCCUGCUGGACCCAGGCAUGGAAGUCUACGGAGGCGAGAACAUUGAGCUGGGCAUGCGGGUGUGGCAGUGUGGAGGGAGCAUGGAGGUCCUGCCGUGUGCCCGAGUCGCCCAUAUCGAGCGCACCAAGAAACCCUACAACAAUGACAUAGACUACUACGCUAAACGCAACGCCCUGAGAGCAGCUGAAGUGUGGAUGGAUGAGUACAAAUCCCACGUCUACAUGGCCUGGAACAUUCCCAUGAAUAACCCGGGUGUUGAUUUCGGCGACGUCUCGGAGCGUGUGGCCUUAAGGAAAAGGAUGCAAUGUCGGAGCUUUCGCUGGUACCUGGAGCAUGUCUACCCAGAGAUGCGGAUCUACAACAACACCAUCACAUAUGGCGAGGUCAGAAACAGUAAAGCCAGUGGUUACUGCCUCGACCAAGGCUCGGAGGACGAUGACAAAGCCAUCCUUUACCCCUGCCACGGCAUGUCCUCCCAGCUUGCCCGUUACUCUACAGAGGGUCUUCUCCAGCUCGGACCCCUGGGGUCGACCACAUUUCUUCCUGACACAAAAUGUCUCAUUGAUGAUGGGAGAGGACGCACUCCCAGUCUGAAAAAAUGUGAUGCUGUUUCAAGGAUUUCCCAACGGCUUUGGGACUUUACACAGAAUGGCCCGAUUAUCAACAGAGACACUGGUCGGUGCUUGGAAGUGGAGAUGUCUAAAGAUGCCAACUUUGGUCUUCGCCUUGUGGUGCAGAGAUGUUCGGGUCAGAAGUGGAUGAUACGGAACUGGAUCAGGCAUCCCAGGCACUGAGGAAACGCUGUAAUUUCUGAGACACUUUGGCCAAUAUUUGCAGUUGCAGCAGACUGUUAAGGGAGGAGCAGAAACUGGUACAUUGCUGCAAGGUGUAGGAUUUCACACUAGAAAUUGUAAAGCACGCUGACCUCCACUCGGGCAACAGAGGUUAUGCUACAAUGAGUCUUAAAGAAGAACAUGAUCAAUGUAUAUGUUCCCCUGAGCUCUGUCCUCACACCACACCUUCAGGCAAGCUGCACUGUUUGAAACGGCCAACCUUUCUGACAUUCAGCCAUAUGUAUAGAGCACAUCCCCUUUGUGCAGUCUGGUUCAAUAUUUCACAGUGGUGAAUCUACUGUAAAACUCUCCCACCUUAGGAGAAAGGAAGACAUGUGGGUCUUUUUUGGGUCUAUGGACAUUAACAAGGUGGGUUGGGGUAAAUUAGGAGAGAUAAUUGUUACCAAUGGCCAGAUGAAACUGAAUCUUUUGGGAGUAAUUUUAGGAAGAGGCUAUGGACAUAAUGUGCUGCCAUAGCAGGACAUGUAAUAGGCUUCAGAGCAGCUGGCUAUUAUCCAAUCAGGAGGAACGUUACCUGUACUCACACAAACUGCAACACUUCUUUGUUUCUGUGGACUGUAUGGCUCACUGUGGACGAAAGCAAUCAUGUGCCUUUUGUUUAUUAUUUUUCAGCUUCAUCUGACCUGAGAAUGUCAGCCCCAAAAGCAUGUAUAAAGCUAUUUGAAAAUUAAAUUAUCAACCAUGUAUAAAGCCGUUUAAGGAUAGUAAUAUAUUGUAAAAAUGAAAUAAAAGUGGAAAGUUGAUAAAUGUCCUCUAAAAACAAUUAGAGGAUUAAAAUCAC